GCUGCUGCCCAAUAAAAUAAUUUUUGAGAUUGCCUUUAGGUUGGUAGUACCUCCUAUCAAAAAAGUUAAAUAUGCUGUUGUGACUUAUUUUUGAAAACAUAGCCAAGCAAAAGGAAACAACUUACCAGGUACCCUUUCCCUGCCCUGCUUAUGACCAAAGAGAAUUUGAAAGUGCAAUUUGAAAAAAUUGGCUUUUUCAUCCAACAUGAAGACCUGUGGCCCAGCCUUGUCAUUUGCUCAGUGCCUGUUGAGAAGAAAGAUCGUCACUGGGGACAGCCUUGAGGACUCCAAGUUAUGCCGCUGUUUAUCAACUGUGGAUCUUAUCGCUUUAGGAGUAGGAAGCACCCUGGGUGCGGGCGUUUAUGUUCUUGCUGGAGAAGUUGCAAAAGCGGAUUCUGGACCGAGUAUUGUACUUUCUUUCCUCAUAGCUGCCCUAGCUUCUGUGAUGGCUGGACUCUGUUAUGCAGAAUUUGGCGCUCGUGUUCCAAAGACUGGCUCAGCCUAUCUGUACACAUAUGUUACAGUUGGUGAAAUCUGGGCUUUUAUCACUGGCUGGAAUCUCAUUUUGUCCUACGUUAUAGGUACUUCGAGUGUUGCAAGAGCAUGGAGUGGAACCUUUGAUGAACUUCUUGGAAAACAAAUUGGCUAUUUUUUCAGAACCUAUUUCAGAAUGAAUUAUUCUGGUCUAGCAGAAUAUCCAGAUUUUUUUGCAGUCUGUCUAAUAUUGCUCCUAGCAGGACUUUUAUCAUUUGGAGUAAAAGAAUCUGCAUGGGUGAAUAAAGUCUUCACUGCUGUUAACAUCUUGGUCCUGCUCUUUGUUAUGAUUUCUGGCUUUGUGAAAGGCAACAUUAAUAACUGGAAGAAAACUGAAGAAUUUCUGAUAAACUACACUGCAGAAAUUAAAAAUCUGUCAUCCUCUGAGAAUGUGACAAGUAUGUUUGGAAUUGGUGGCUUUAUGCCAUAUGGCUUUACCGGAACGCUAGCUGGUGCUGCGACCUGCUUUUAUGCUUUCAUAGGAUUUGAUUGCAUUGCAACUACUGGGGAAGAAGUCAGGAAUCCCCAGAGGGCCAUACCAGUUGGAAUUGUAGCAUCUCUACUUGUCUGUUUUCUGGCCUAUUUUGGAGUUUCAGCUGCUUUAACACUUAUGAUGCCAUACUACUUAAUUGAUGAGAAAAGUCCUCUCCCUGUAGCAUUUGAGUAUGUUGGCUGGGGUCCAGCAAAAUACCUUGUAGCAGUGGGAUCUCUGUGUGCUUUAUCAACAAGUCUCCUUGGAUCCAUUUUCCCCAUGCCUCGCGUAAUCUAUGCUAUGGCAGCGGAUGGCUUGCUUUUCAAAUGUCUAGCUCAAAUCAACCCCAAAACGAAGACUCCGCUUGUUGCGACUUUAUCAUCAGGGGCUGUUGCAGCUCUAAUGGCUUUUCUCUUUGACCUAAAAGCCUUAGUAGACAUGAUGUCUAUUGGUACACUUCUUGCAUACUCACUGGUAGCUGCUUGUGUUCUCAUUCUUAGGUACCAACCCAGUUUAAACUAUGAGCAACCAAAAUAUUCAGCAGAAAAAGAGGCUCUUGCGGGAUCAGAAGGUGAACAUAAAAGUGAAUCUCAAAUUAGCAUGAUACCAAGAAGGAGUUUCAGUCUACAAAUGCUGAUUAAUCCAUCAAGUUUACCAACCCAACAGUCUGCUACUAUAGUUAGCCUUCUUGUGGGUCUUUUGGCUUUCCUGAUUUGUGGAUUAAGCAUUCUGACAACCCAUGGGAUUCAUUCACUUGCAGAUAUGGAGAUCUGGAGUAUUUGUCUUCUUAUGUCUCUUUUCAUACUAUUUGGGAUGAUUAUGCUUAUCAUCUGGAGACAACCUCAGAAUCAACAGAAAGUGACGUUUAUGGUUCCAUUCUUGCCAUUCUUGCCAUCUUUGAGUAUCUUAGUGAACAUAUACUUGAUGGUACAGCUAAGUGGAGAGACGUGGAUCCGGUUCAGCAUCUGGAUGGCACUUGGACUCCUCAUUUACUUUGCAUAUGGCAUCCGAAAUAGUGUGGAAAGCUGUCCCAAGGAGGAAGAGGAAGAUGAUGACAACUGCUCAGAAAGAAGCGAAACUUCAGAAAAGAAGCAUAUGGGAGAUACAAGUGAACAUGAACAUGCAAGUGAAAAUACUCAGUUUAUUCCACAUGAAAAGACAAGUGAAUGUUAGGGGUCAUUGAUCAAUCUGUUGUGUGUGCUUUCAAGCAGGGAUGGCAGCCGAAUGGAGUUGCUGGAGAAAUGGUGAAGUACUUGCUCCCCCAAAAUUAGCAGUAAUCCACUUGUGCUUUAUGGAAACAGCUGCUAGAAUACAUGAAAUAUGAUCUAAAUUAGCUGCUAGAUAUCUCUUCCAACAGGGACUUGCCUCAGAUGGUUGCGAUCUUUAAAAAAAUAAGAAAGUGGAGGGAAAUAAAUUUUCCAAGGGGGCCAAUCUGAUUCUUCUGUCAUGUUAUAUAAGUUGGUGAUUUCCUUAAUAACAUCCUCCAACUUUAAUUGGCAGGUACUAUAUAACUAAUUCUUUAGGAGUAUCUAAAGACGAAAAGUUGAAUAUUACGGUUCAUAAUACUGGAGCCAUGUUUUUAUUGUGUUUUAAAAACAGGGUAGCAUUGCUAAAUAAUCACACGACUACUUGAUUUCCAUCACUCUCUGUUCCUUUCCAUACCUUGUUUCUAACCCAGCCACCUCUUUUGCAGUGUCUUCUUCUGUGUCAUUGCUCUAUCUUGUCCCCAUCCUGUGAGUAAGAGGCUGAGGUUGUCCUUAGCUGUAUUUAAUAUCGAAGGCAGGCUCAGGCUCUAUAAACUCAGUUACACUUUGUCAUACAUUACCUUGGAGGGGAGUGAGGUGAUGGUCAGUGACUGGGAACAGAGCAACUGUGACAGGAUAAGGGCUGGCAAGAAGGAUAGCAAAUGUAAUCCAAUACAGUUUUGUGCCGAUUUAAGGAUGAGUGGAGAAGCCUUCAACUCAACAGUGGGGAAAGGUCCAGAAUUCAUAGAAAUUUGUGGGAAAAAAAUACAGCUAUCCAAGCUAAUAUCUGCUUUGCUGUUAACUGUAAGCUAUAUAAAUCAUGAACAUCCUUCUGAAAAAAAAAUUAAGUACAGUACUUGGAAUGGAUAUAUUUCAUAGAAGCUAGUUUGACAUUAUGUUUAUAUCAUUUCUAAGUUCUUCAUCCUUGCCAAUGAAAAUGAAAAACACGGAUGAAUGACUAAUUCAAACAAAUGAUGAAGCACUAACAAAAUGGCAUGUCUGUAGAAUUGAGGUUGGUGAAAUGCUGAUGCGUCUGUUGACUUGCUUAAUAUAUGAAUAUCCUGAAUUCGUCAGUACUGCCAGAGAUUGGGCUGCAGAACUGUGCUCCCCUAUAUUACUUGGUAGAUUAUCCCAUCAAAUAUACAAAAGAAAACUCCUGUUCAAAAACUGGCUGAUUUUGGGAUGUUGUGAGUAGAGUGAGCAUUGAAUGUACAUGCUCUACUGUCCUGCUCAAGUUACAAAGAAUUUGGAAUGUUUCAUUUAGGUCAUUAACUGCUGUUUGCAUAUUUCAUCAGAUCCUUAGCAAACUGUGAUUCAUUUUAACUAAUUUAAAAUGUCAGCUUCAAACCAUGGCUUAUAAAAUAAUUUAAGUAAUCCACAAUUAAUAGGAAUAAAAGCGAAAGGUGAAACAUGAUGUUAUUUUGGAAAUGAAGGAUUGUCCUCUCCAGUCACUUCAGGAGAGGGGAGCAGGCACUGCAAGCUUUCGACCUACUACAACUUGUCCUCAUCACAAUAAACUGGUCUCUCCAUGACUCCCAAACACAGCCACUAGAUUCUUCUUCCUGUUUAGGAAACAGUGCUCUUCAGAAGAUUCUUUUGUCGUUGUAAGUGAUAAAAUAUUUAUUAAAUAACUCAUGAAUAAAUUUUUAUUUUUGUGAUGUUCCCUCUGUUUAUGAGAUAGAGGUAUGAAUAUAUUGGGCGGGGGGACAAAAAACAUUGCUCAAAGAAGUUUUAGCGACACUAAUGUUAAAGUGUGAUGGGCCUUUUUUUAGUUUUGAGAUAAUAUAUGUUUAGCAACAAAUGUAGGCACCUUCUUCACUGCCAGUGCCUAUUGCUGGGUAUGAUUGUGGCUUGACACUGUAGCAGAUGUGCAAGUUAGUUCCCAGCAUACCACAUGGGAUAAGGCAAGACACUGAACCCUUUUUAAGAAACAAUACAUGUGUCAGAGCCAGCAAGUCCCAAAGAAAAGACUUUUUCUCAUGUCCAAGAGUGUUCAUUUCCAUCUUUCUCUUUGACCAUGUAAGGAUGUUUUUUUAAAAAAUCUUCAGGUUCCUUUUCCUUAAACAACCAAAAGAAAAAAAUGCUAACAAAGGUAAUGAAUAAUAAUAAAAAAACCCACGUCUAAUUAUGUGUUGCUUUAAGAUACCUAUGUUUGCACUGAUUUUUCCUAAUUCAGCAUGCUUAUUUACAGUAUAUGUAACUUGUAAAACUGAUAUGUCAUGGAAGACUUCAGUGAGAAUAGCAGAUGUGGGAGCACAAAUCUUUUCUUUAAAAAUGUAAGCAUACAAUUUUAACUUUCUGUGCCCAAGCUUACAUAAAUGGGUACAGAAACACUUACAAAAUGCAUGCAGUGGGAUGGCAGUUUGAAGAUACAACUGUGCUUCUACUGUUGGCACAUCUCAGAUAUACAUGCAAAUACGGAAAUUCUACAUGUGCAAAAAAUCUAUAAAUCUAAAUAUAUUACUUGUGUUAUUGUUUAUAAAACAGGCACAUACAUGGGCUUAAAAAAAGAGUAGUCUUUUUCUUUAAAUAUAAUUUAGAGACAUACUCAGCUAACCAUCUGAGGGGUACUUUCAAGGAAACUGGACUGAAAAGUAGAGAACCAGCUCUUUAAAAUUUUAGGAACCAUGUCUGGAAAAAUAAAUAAGCUUCUGACUGAAA